UUUACGUUUCAUAGAAUCGUCUGGUUAAUUGUUUAUAUAAUAAUAAUAAUCAGCAUGUCUUUUAUAAUAUACGACAUGACCUUGGAAUAUCGAGAUAGUCCAACGGCAAUUACCAUUGAAACCGAUAAAUAUCCGAUACAAGAAAUUAAUUAUCCGGCUAUAUCUAUUUGUAGUAUCAAUAAAAUUAGUUUAUCGUAUGCUAUAGAUCUUGCGAAAGAACUGUACGUAUUAGAUUAUAAUCAUAUAAUUGCGCGUAUAAUAGUAUAUAAAUUAUUUCAUUGUACAUAUUAUCAUAGUUUGGAUUUUAAAACUAUAAAGUAUAAUUUUAAUUUGACCGUCGAAGAAUUAACAAGUAUGAUAACUAUCAUGGGUAAUUUUUAUCAUUUCGAUAUCCACGAGGAUGACUUAAAAAGAAUAUAUUUAUUGCACAGUAUACUUGACCGUGUAUACAAUGGUUACAAUGUUGAGAGAAUAAUGAAAAGGCUAUUACCAAAAUGUAGAUCAUUUGUAUGGCAGUGUUCUUGGAACGGUAAGGAUCAAGAUUGUAAUGAAAUAUUUUUUUUAAAAAAAACCAGCGACGGCUAUUGUUGUACGUUUAAUUCCGCACGACGUUUUAAUGAUUUCGGCGACACAGAUUCUUUUACAUUUGCAUCACAAAUGGUAGAACGUUCAAAGGAAACAGGUUCAGAAUAUGGAUUAUCUGUUUUAUUAAAUCCACAAUUAUAUGAUUAUGCUUAUAAAUUACUUCCAAUAAUAGGUUUGAAGAUAUUGAUAUAUUCAUCUUUUGAUUAUCCCAAUACAGUUAAUGGUGGAGUACGUGAGGUCUUUGUUCCACCGAAAGUAGAAAUGUUUUUGAACUUGAACGCAAUUAAUUUUUAUUCAUUGCCAGACGUUAUUGAUUAUGAUAUCAAUCAAAGGGAUUGUUUAUUUAGCACGGAACAAGCAAAAAUAUUCGGAGGAUAUUAUUCCUAUACGAAUUGUAUAUCCCAUUGUCGUACACAAGAUAUUAUAUCCUUUUGUAAAUGCAUUCCUUUCUUUUAUCCUAUUACUUCGGAUAUGGCUAACAUAAGAAAUUGUAAUCUCAAAGACCUCCUAUGUUUGAAGAAGUAUAAAGACAGAUGGUUAAAUCUGGAACCUAGAUAUGAAAAAUUCAUGGAAUCAUUUCACGAAAGAAAACUUCCAAAUGGAUCAUGCUGUAUAAAAUGCGAUUGUCUUCCAUCUUGCGAGGACAUCACCUAUACCGUAUCUAUCAGCGAUAUUCCAUUAAAUAUUCCAUAUUUACUUUGGAAUAGGAAAAAAACUCGUAUGAAUAAUCACAGCUUAGUACAUAUUUAUUUUGGAUCUUCUGGUACAACAAGAAUAAAACAAGAUAUGUUCUUGUAUUGGUAUGAACUCAUGAGUAAUUAUGGAGGAAUCUGUAGUUUAUUUUUGGGCAUUAGUAUAAUAAGUUUAAUCGAAAUGCUUUACUUUUUUAUUAUACGUCUUAUCAAAUCAGAACCAUCAUCAUUAAUGACAACUAAUUCAGGAAAUAAUGUUAACGUUAAAACAAUUAUUAUCGAGCCCAAAGAAUCAGAUAUGGUGAUUUUAUAUUGGAAAGAAAUAAGCGGAGCAGUUUCUAAGGAUAUCGAUUUAACGGCUUUAUCAUUGGAUCGAUAAAUUUAACAAACGUUUGAAUUGACGUUUAACAUCGAUCGUCAAAAUCAACGUGAUGUAUGACAAUAGUGCAUAGGCAUUACGUUUCACUUCAAAGGGAUACUUUAAUUAAAGAUCUAAUCUAAAUGGGAUCAUAUUUUUAGAUCCUAGAAAUAACAUAAAUGCAUUGAUCUUUCAAUAUUUGCCUUUUCAAUUAUGUAAUUAACGAUCAUUAUGUUCUUCAAUAUAAAAAUAAAAUAUUGUUUUCAAAUUUACAACAGACUUAGAAUUAUUGCUGAUAGCACGUAAUAAAUAUCUUAGAUUAUAGAGCACUUGUGCUUGCGAAAUAAUUUUUCUUUGCAAUCAAAUAAAUUGUUUUAAAUUAAAUUAAAUUAUUGAAAUACGAUAAAUAUAAUGUUUAGUUAGAAUUAGAAAGAAAAGAUUUGGAAAAAGUAUUGAUAUAAAUAUGCAGCUAUUUGCUCGAUAAUAUUUGCGUUGUAUAAUUUCAAUUAAGAUUUUGAUAUAUCGACUUAGGUCUUACCACGUGGAGAUUUGCCGCAUCUGGAGAUCCACGGAUUAAUGGUUACUCUAUUCUAAAAUCCCCGUUAACGAGAUAAUCUAAUCGAAGUUUCGAGUAAAUAAAACGAACUGUAGGACUUUUAAUCGCACCCAUGAACAUUUACUUCUGUAUCAUCCUGUAUAUAAG